CAUAAAGAAAGAUUAGCACACGAUUACUUUCCUAACGUUCAGAGAUAGGCAGUCUAUGUCUCCUGUCUGGAUUACCUGGCCUGAAUGGGGUGCACGAGUUAACAUUGAGUUUUAACCACAGCGAACAUGUAGCCUUACAUAAUCACAGCAUUAAUCUGUAAUCCAGAAAUGAGGUGUAAUCUUUGUCCUCUGAUGUUGACCUCCUGAAGCUGCAUAAGUCUGUCGUCUGGUCUCACGUACCUUGAUUUCUCUUGCCAGCAGCAACCAAUGUGAUGGAUGUGACCUCCUUCCUGCGUUAUGUGAGGCUUGGUGGUAGAUGUGUUUCUGCUUGGGUCAUUCAGAGAAGGAAUCUCUCAGGAGCGGACGCUAGUAAUGCCCUGCGGCCCUUUUACUUUGCAGUGCACCCUGAUUUCUUUGGCCAGCAUCCAAGAGAGAGAGAAGUAAAUGAAAACUCCCUCAAAAGACUAAAUGGUUAUCUGGAAAAUCUUCAGAAGCCUGGGGUGAGGUCCCCCAAACCCACAAACCUCACUUUUUAUGUCAGGGACACAAAAGAAAGAGCUCACUCUGAUAACAGUCUGCUAGUCUCAGGAUUCCGCUCUGUGAGUUUCACUCUGCAGUCUAGGGAUGUUCUGAGCACAGUGUUGGAUGUUCUGAAGUCAUGUAGCCUCUCGGUUGAGCAUAUGCACGAUCUGCUUAAAGCUGAAACAAGGAAGAACUCAACACCACAGCCUGGAAACACAUCUUUCUAUCGGCCCAUCAGAUGGGACAAGACUUACUACACUUUCACAGACUUUAGAGACCCAGAGAAGGAAUUAGAACAAGCCAGCAGAGUGGAACCUACACUCAGUUUAUGGCUGAGGAACAAUGAGCCAGAGGCCACAAAGAAACAGAAUGCCAGUCUGCCACGGCGUGAGGAGCUGAAGAGACUGAAAAGAGAGCUCAUUCAGAAACUGGGCCUGCUGGAUAUCAGGUGGCAGCGCAAAUGGGGAGUUGCACACAAAUGCUGCCAGCUGCAGAGCUUGAGUCGUCUCUCCACACAAAGCCCUGAGGCUUUGCACAACCUGAGAGGACUUAUAAUAGUUUUUACUGACCAAUCUGGGAUGAAUGCCUCAGGUCAUGUGAUGUUAGGAACAAUGGAUGUCCACCACCACUGGGCAAAGCUCUUUGAAAGAUUACCCAGUUACCGCAGCCUGUUCCAGCAGUCAGACUGGCUGAAGGAGCGCAUCAGUCACCUGUUGGGUGGGGUUCAAGUUAUCCAUAUUGAGCAGUUGGGUCCAGCUCUGCCCCUGGAGGAACACUACAGUACCCUCAACACAUUUCACAAGAAACUGCUGCCCCAGCGCCUCUCGUUGCAUCCCCACAGCCUGCAGGGCCUCACCAUCACCCUGGAGAAUGACCGCUCCACCCCCUGUCUGCAUGAGAUGGGGCACUUCAUCAUCCCCACCAUGUGUGACAUCCUCCAGCUGCAAAACUUCCUCCAGAGUCAGACCAAGGAGGCCCGGAGACUCAUCCAACGCAAAGACCAGUUGGAAGCAGAGGAAGUGGACACCAUGUCGAGUUGUCUGCAGGAUUUGUCUCUGCGCAGUCUAUCUAAAGAGACCAGUGUGUCGAGCAGUCAGAUGAUCCCCUGCUGCAGACGUCUGAUGGAGGAGAGAUCGCCACAGAUGCAGGGCCUUCAUCUCUGUGUCUCGUACUUCUAUUCCGUCAUGCAAGACGGGGAUCUGUGUAUUCCCUGGGACUGGAAAGGCUGAAACAGACUGGAUCAGAUUAGAAUUAAUGUGACUGAUGCAUUUACGGAAUGUUAACGCAUACCUUGUGGGCUUAUAUAGUCAUAUAAUGGCUUUGAGAUUGGCCUAAUGUAUAGGCUUUAUUAAUAUAAAUGCACUUUGGUUCUACAAUGCUAGUACAUGGUUUCUUGUAUUUGAGCUAAUGGUUCCCACUGAUGUGAUGUUGCACCAUGGCACAAAAAGUUUGUUGAUUGUAUGCACUGCCAACCUUAUACAUUAUAUAUAUGUAUGUAAAACACGAUUUUGGGUAGGUCACUUCUGUUCAAUCAAAUGGUACGUUACUGAUGAGCAUAAGACUUGUAUACAGGGUCAGAAUCUUUUUUAAGCACCAUGUCUAAAUGGGUUGUAAAAAUAGCUGUUUAAAAUGCUCAUGAGUGUCUUUUUAAAUUUAACAUUUAAAUUUUUUUUAAAUAUAACAUUUGUGUUUGGUUCUGGUUUUCAAUGUGGUGCUGGACUGAUGAUCGAUAUAUAAGUAUUACUAACUGCCAAAAAUCUAAAAUGCACAGAAUAGGUAAGAUUUGUAUGGAGAGUAGUUUUAUAUUUAUUUGUCCUGUAAUAUUCAAAAAAAAAUUAGUGGUAUAUUUCAAAAUAUUUUUUAUAAUGGUCUAAUGCUGCGUGUCUACAUGUAUUUAGAAAGAGCAAGUGUUCUCUUCAGAUUAUCAGUCCUAAAUGCUGUAAUAUUGUCUAUAUAGAGAGAUAGUGUUCAGUGUUUAAAUGUUGUUUGCUGCUAUUGUAUUUCAAGGGUUUAUAACAUGAUGUCUGUAUGUUUGAUACAUUUUGAACUGUGUGACCACAGCGUUUAAACAAUUAAGUGUUAACAGUCACUAUUGUGUAACAUGUCCUCAGUUGUUUUACUUAUUUGGUUUUCGAAGAUUUUGUUGAUUGUGAAAUUUAGAGAGAAGUUUUUGACUUUUCCUCUGUAAGUGAUAUUAUUAACACUAUUCUCUCUUGUUGUUUAUAUUAAAGCUCAAGUUAUUGGCGUAACCAAAGGCGUGAGAUUGGGGUGGGACUAUCUGUUUGUUCAACCGAUGUAAGAUGGAAGGAGUGUUCAGAAAACCUGUCUGAAAACUAUUACUUUUUCAAUUCUGUUUAGUUAUUAAACACUACACCUUUUAAAUAAAUAUUU